GAUGAGAAUGGAAAGGAUCAAGGAAUGAAUGUUCGCAUCCGAGUUCAAGAAGUAAUCGACCUCAUACAAGACUCAGAAAAGUUACAGCAAGAACGUCAAAAGGCCAAGGCUAGUCGACAUAUUUACACAGGUUAUGGAAAUACCAGUGAUUUAGAUUGGAGUUAUUCUUCAUAUAAAAAUGGUGGGGAUCACGGUCAAACAUCUUAUUCACUUGAUGACUAUGAUAAAGAAACUUACUCAUCCAAAAACUUUACAUUGCAAUCGCGUGCCAAAUCUAGAGUUACAAUAUCCGAGCAUAAAUCAGACCUACCCCCGCCUAGGUUGGGUAAUUUUGAUGAUUGGCAUGUGGGUAAAGAACGUGGUGUAAUGGACGAUGUUUUAGAGCAGUUCAAAGAAGCAUGGGAUUUGGCCAAAGAAUCUACUAAGGAUUUAAUUUUCUCCAAAAAUCCUCAAGAUAAUAGAUCAAAUGAGUUCAAUCCACGUAUGGUUUCUGAAGAGGUUUACGAGUUCCCAUCAAAUGCUGUUGAAUCCAGUGGAACAUAUGAAGCGAAAAUUCAGUCAUCUUAUGGGGAUUAUUCUGCACAGAAUGAAUUUUCAUCGAAAAAUUUUCCAAGAUCCACCAAAUGUAAUAGUGUUGAUAGUCGUGUUAAUAAUAAUAACGGCGACACACAUGCAUCACAAUCUAAUGGAAAAUCUCUUGGCCAAGUUAUUGUGACACCUAGAAAUCAAAGUACUGAAAAGAAAGACAACGUAAAGCCAAGACCACCAUCCUGUGAUUUAUUAGAUUCAUUUGAUAGUGGUGAUAGUAUCAUGAAAUCAGAUCAAAUGAUAGAUCUGUUUGAUGCAAUAUGCCAUUCACCAACAUCAACUACAGCUGGUGUACACUCUCAACGGCAACAGCCAUCUCAAAUGGGAUCUGAAGUUAAUUGGCCUAGAAAUGUAUUAACACCAUCAGGAGUAUCUUUAAAUACCAAUUUAAUUCAAAAUCAUGCCACUGCACCGUGUCAAAAUCCUGAUAAUUUGUUAGAUAAUGAAUUUGGUGAUUUCACUUCAGCACCAUCUGUACAGUUUCCUAUGAAUACUGGUCCAACAAUUUCAUCAUUCGAUGGUAUCUUUUUUUCCAACUUUUCAAAUACUGAAGUUUAUCCAUCCAAUCAAAAUUCUCAUCAAAACAAGCAAACUGAGGAAUUCAAACAACAACAACAACACGUGGUUCAGUCCAAUCCAACUUCACCAUCAAAAUCUAAACCGCUAAACAUUGGCAAUACAUGGAAAGAGUUAGGAUCACUAAGUAUUGAUUUAGAUUCACUAGCGAAACCGGAAAAAUACGGUGCGCGAACACAAGCGCCAAGUUUACAUCAAUUAAAACAAAAUCAGCAGCGUGUUCAAUAAUGAAUGGUUUAAGAUGUGGGUCGUUUUUCUUGUUGAUUGUUUAAAAAGAAAAAUAGAUAUAAACAACUGAUAGAAAAUCAUUUAACCACGUUUUGUAUCGAGAUUAUUUUUUAUCCUAAUACUUACGUCUACGACGACCAAUGGUAUUGAUGAAGAUAAUGAUGAUAUUUCAUAAAUAUAUUUCAGCUCAAUAAAUUGCUCUGUCCUUUCCUUAUUUUGUUGGUUUUUAUUCCACAUACUUACAUUGUUCUUACUAAUUGAUUUAUCUCGGAAUGAAAUGGAAAAAAGUUCACUUCUGUUAUAUAUUUAUGUGGUUUCAUAAUUUGUGUUCGUUUUAUGUAUAAUCGUGUGUCUGUCUGUCUGUAUGUAUGAUGAUCUUGCAUGUACUUGUACGCCAUAUUUGUCUGUUUUUCUGUAUGUAUAGGAAUUUGUUUUUCUUUUUCUAAGAAAAUAAAUAUUUGUCUUUCAAAUAGUAUUUUCUCGUCAGAACUUAUUUACACUUGAAAAUUCUAAUUCCAUUCAAUGUAAUUGAUUAUUUAAACAAUAAUUACAUUUUAUUCCAUUUUAUUUCUACUGUUAUCAAUUUUUAAUUUUUAGUUCAAGCUUCUGUGAUUACGUAACAGUGACUGCCAAACGUUUAUUCUUUGUUAAGCUCUUUUCGAAUGUUGCGUAUAAAUACAUGUAUUCAUGAAUAUAUUUAUAGGAAAACGGUUAAAAAAUAAUUUAAUCAUAGGAUAAAUAUUAUUUGAAUACAAUAAUGUGCCUUACUUAAUUUACUUGUUUACUUGACUUGUCUUCGACUUAUUUUCAACAUAUCCAACUUAUGUUUAUAUUCAAUUAUGAUUUGAUUGAUGCUUAUCUAUCAUUACUUGUUGUUUUGUUGUAAAAACGACAUUGUCUAUGUUAUGCUGUGAUUAAUUUGUAUAAUUCGUUUACAUACAGCCACACACACAAUAAUGGGUUAUCAAAUUGUUUAUUGUUUUUGCUAUAUUAGUUUGUUUUAACUGAUCCUUUGUAAAAGUAAAGGAAAUAAUCAAUAUUAUUUAGUAAUUAUUAUGUUUAAACACAUCUAGAAGUUUGAAUAGGGUGAUAAAUUCAUUGAGGUCUUCUGCCUGUAAAUUGUCGAAAUGCCUCCAUAAAUCUCAGCGACCAAACAAAUUCGUAAGUAAUUGCAUGAGAUUCCUCAUUAUUACCGUCCAUGUAGGCCAUCACGGAUGAUGUCGAUCUUUUUGUGUUACUUGUUUUGUGAUUUUGCUGGUGUUGCUGCCUUUCAAUCCCCAAUAAUUGUAUUAUUUACAUAGCACCUAAUAUAGAUGCUGUUUUUACUAAAUAAAAAUACAAUUAUCAUAGAGAGUAUCGUAUGAAAUGAAAAUACUAUUUGGAAUUUAAUCAGUAUAAUUCAUUUGCCCACUAAGUAAACAGAAAUAUUCGGAUAUAACACAUUUUGUUUAUAUGAUUAUACUGUCGAAUAAACUCAGCUGAUUUAGCGUAUGUAGGCGAAAUUGGUGUAAUGAGUUUGAAUAUGCAUGGAAAUGGCAUUUACAGUAUUACAUAAAAGACCAAAGCUUAACUGCGAAUUUCCUGGUCUGGAAUGCUGACAAAUUCAUGGAAAACGAUUCUCCUUAUGGAGCUUUGAUUGCUAAUUGUAACUUUCCGUGGAUGGUUCUCUUGUAGGAUUGAGAUAUUUGUUUUGACUGAUCACUGAAUAGUGCCCAAUCUCAUGUUUCUCUAGUCCUUAGAGCUGAUUGAAUCCUUUCCCUCGAGAUUACAAAUACACUGUGCUGACGAAAGUCAUCCAUGAGGAAUAGUAGACCAAAGUGAAGUGAAUGGUAAAGAUUUAUGCGAUUGUAUUGAUUUACGAUGUUUGCAUUUUAUGGUCUCGAUUUGUGUCUUCUUUUUGUGACUUAUUAAUACCCAGACUAGUACGGGUAUACGAGACGAUAUGUUUAUUAAAUCGAUUUCAGGUAAAAUAAUAUCUACGACCAACUGGUGUUUUACCUUUCAGUGUAUGUACAUGCAAAGAAAAUUACACUGGCAUGAUUUAACAAGUCUUUAUUACGUAACUUUCUGUAGAGCUUUACAAAGAUCUGCCUGUGAAAAGAAUUGAUGACAAUUUUAAUAACCUAUAUUUCUAAUAUGUUCGUUUUACAUAGAUUUUUCAAUACACGAUCGUUUUUAAAAAAAUCUU